AUGGCCGAGAAAACCGAAGGGCAGAUGAUCGAUAGCAAGGCUGUCGGUCAGCCCCAGUUGACCACGGAUGCCCGAGAAUCAGAGGACAUGAAGGAUUACAACCUCGAUGACAAGGAAGCAAGGGAUGUGACCCAAGACGUGGAGAACGGAUGGUCGGAAGACUCCCCCUACCCCGAAGUCCGAGCCAGUGUCCCUCCCAUCGACGAGGACAUUCCUGUCAACACCUUUCGGGCUUGGUUCCUCGGGGUGAUCACGACCAUGAUCCUGACGGCCUUGAACCAGUUCUUCCAGCUGCACUCGCCCCCUAUCUUCUUAUCCGCUUACCUUGCGAUUCUGCUCUCGUUGCCGGUUGGACAUUUCAUGGCCCGUGUCCUGCCGGAAAAGCAAUUCAAUGUCUUUGGUUGGAUCUUCACCUUGAAUCCGGGUCCCUUCAACCGCAAGGAACACACGCUGAUAGGUAUCAUGGCAAUGUUGGUCACUGCCUUCGACAAUGGCUCUCUCGCCUCCGAUGUCUGGGUAGGGCUGCAGAAUUUCCUGGGCAUUCCCAUCUCGGUUGGUUACAAGUUCAUGUUUCUCCUGACCUCUCAGGCACUCAGCUUCGGAAUGGCUGGUGCCUUCCAUACAUUCUUGGUCGAACCAUCCUUUUGCGUCUGGCCAUCGGCGCUGCCUACCUGCGCGAUUCUUCAUGGCUUCCACGACGGAAAAUUCCAAAACAUGGUCGCCAAUGGCUGGAAGGUGUCUCGAAUGCGAUUCUUCUGGAUCGUCUUCGGUAUCGCCGGGCUGUACCAGUUUGUCCCCGGAUACCUGUUCACGUCCCUCUCUACUUUUGCUUUUGUCACUUGGAUCCGACCAAACAAUGUCGUGAUCAACCAGGUCUUUGGUGCCACGACGGGAAUGGAUCUAAUUCCACUCACCUUUGACUGGAACCAGAUCACCGGAUAUCUAACGUCUCCACUGGCAAUCCCAUAUUGGGCCAUCUGCAAUGUCCUGGGGGGUGCGGUGUUCUUCUUGUGGAUUCUGUCUCCCAUCCUCCAUUGGAAAAACGUCUGGGUCAUGAACCCCGAUUAUAGCCUGAAUGAACAGGCUUACCACGAAUACUCUCCAGUCUUUCUAUCAACAACCUCGGUGCUAUCGUAUGGGCUGGGCUUUGGAUCCAUCACUGCCAUUCUUGUCCACACCUUCCUUGAGUAUCGCGACACUAUAUGGGAGUCGUUCAGAUACACUAUCGGACGAGGAGAGGUCCCUAGGCGUGAUGUGCACAACAAGCUCAUGGAACACUACAAACAAGUCCCUGGAUGGUGGUAUUUGAUAAUUCUGUUGGGAAUGUAUGGCAUCUCGGUGGCAUUCUGCUAUGUCUACAACACUGGGCUGCCUUGGUACGGAGUGAUCCUGGCGCUUGUGGUUAACGCCGUACUUCUGGUCCCUAUCGGUCUCAUGCAAGCCCUGUGUAACGUCUCUAUCGACACCGGGUCCCUGGCUUCGCUGAUUGCCGGUUAUAUCUGGCCCGGUAAAUUGAUGAACAACGUCGUCUUCAAGAUUUUCCUUCUUGUGUCUACGUUCCAAGGCCUGGGGUAUAUUCGGGACAUGAAGAUUGCGCACUAUAUGAAAAUUCCUCCUAGAACCACAUUCGCGGCUCAGUGCUGCGGCAUCAUUGUUUCGUGGUUGACUCAAGUCGCAGUCAAUCUUUGGGCCAUUGGCAAUGUCGAGGGAAUUUGUACAGACUACUCAGACGUAAGUUUUGGAUGCCCAUUGGCAGCUGGAUAUGCGACAAAUGCCACGUUCUGGGCUUUGAUCGGUCCCAAAAGGCUCUUUGGCGACGGGUCCAUGUAUAAGUCAAUCCUGUGGUUUCUUUUCAUCGGCGCCCUCCUUCCAGUCUUUGUCUGGUAUUUCAAUCGCCGAUUCCCCAACACUAUCAUGAAGAAGGUUCAUGUGCCCCUUAUCUUCGCGUCCACAUCGUCUAUCCCGCCUGCUACAGCUUCCAACUACAUGCUCUGGGGCAUCAUCGGUCUCAUUUUCCAAGGAUACAUCAAGCAAAAGUACCGUGCAUGGUGGACCAAGUACAAUUUCAUCCUGUCCGCCGCGCUGGACUCGGCUCUGGCGGUUGCCACUUUCUUCAUAUUUUUCUGCCUGACUUACCCGGGAGUGGUUUUGAACUGGUGGGGAAACACCAUCGGCUCUACCACUGCCGAUGCAUUGGGAACGCCACUGAAGACGGUUCCGGAGGGCGGUCAUUUUGGCCCCGACACCUGGAAAUGA